AUGUAUUGUUGUAUCCGAAAAUGCUAUUGGAAAUAUAUAUAUAUAAUUUUCUACACUCUCUCCUUACCCGUCUCAUAUCUAUCUAUCUAUCUAUCUAUCUAUCUAUCUAUCUAUCUAUUUAAUUCUCAUCUUCCUGUCCUUUUCCGCUCCCUAUACGUAUCAUCAUUUGUUUUAUUUUGCUCUCUUUCUCUCUUUCUCUCUUUCUAUUUCUAUUUCUCAUCUUUAUGCCUCUCUCUCUCUCUCUCUCUCUGCAUGUGUAUCUAUCUCUUCUCAUAUUUUCUCUCUCUUUCUCUCCCUUCCUCUCUGAAUGUGUAUCUAUCUCUUCUCAUAUUUUUCUCUCUCUCUCUCUCUCUCUCUCUGCAUGUGUAUCUAUCUCUUCUCAUAUUUUCUCUCUCUUUCUCUCCCUCCCUCUCUGCAUGUGUAUCUAUCUCUUCUCAUAUUUUCUCUCUCUUUCUCUCCCUCCCUCUCUGUAUGUGUAUCUACCUUUUCUUAAAUUUUCUCUCUCCCUCUCUCUCUUUCUCUGUAUGUGUAUCUAUAUCUAUGUGUUUUCGUUGUGGUGGUGUUAAUAACAUUACCGGCAUUCCCCUCUGUUCUCUCUCUAGAUUUCGACAUAUUUGUUUCCUAAAAUUCCCGCCACCCGACCGUCCUUAUAAACCCUUCUCUACACCCGCCUCCGAAUCUUCCGACGCAAAAAAAUCUUAUUCGUUCCGUCAUCAGCGCAGUUUUCACAGCCUCUCCUCUCGUUCUGUGUUUGUAUUUUUUUGUUUGUUUCUGUUUUUGCGCAGUCUUCAUUGCAGCUGGGUUGAAGGGAUCGGUGUUGUGUGA